GUGGUUCUGUGUACUGACGGCCGAGCCAACAUUGGGCUGGGAGAGAUGGAGAAACCUCCCUCUCUCUCCUCUCUCUCCCCCUCCUCCUUCACCCCUUAUUUCUACAAACAGCUGGCUCAGCAGGCGGUGGAGAGCGGAGUCAUAAUAUCCGUGAUGACGUUUGAAGGGACUGAUUGUCGUUUGGCCGACGUUGGGAGGUUUGCAGACACAACUGGAGGAAGGGUGAACAUCGUGAGCAUCGGCACCGUGGCAACAGAGAUACAGUCGGCUUCCGUGGACAACAUCCUAGCAACGGGAGUCACGGCGACCCUUAUUGCUCCUGAUGGAAUGUAUUUUCCCUUUGAGGACGAACAGAAUCACACACUGGUGAGAGAGAUUGGGAAUGUGACCAAAGGGCUGGAGGUCACCUUCCAGUUCGCUGUGAAACCAGAGUUCAUGGAAG